GGAACUUUAGAUGCUUGAAGUUGAUUUAUGAUCUAAAAGCCUUUUUCUGUUUUCUUUUAUAUCCGCGAAGUUCGGGCAUCCGGUGUUGGUGGUGAAGAUCUUGCUUGGAUGUGACGAUGGAACUUCUCGGCGAGUCUUCUCGGCUUGUUCGGCAGCUAGCUUCUCUGGUGAGAGUUGUUUUUGGGUCUCCGACUUUUGUGGUGCUAUCGGAUGCUCAGUGUUUGUACAAUCUGGGCAAGGUUCUGGCCUCGGUGGGGCACUGGAGCUUGUUGGGUCGCAUAUCUACGGCUGUGGUUUCAUUUGUGUUUCAGUCCGAGAAAAAGUUCCAAGAUUUUCUACUAGCGAUGGAUAGUGUUGAAUCUUAUGAGUUUAAUAUCUCCGGCGAUAAUUCUGAUGAAUCUCCGGGGAUGCGUAGUUGGUUCUCUCCGUCCCCGUCUGACUCUUCCUCUUCUCCUUCUUCUUCUGCUUCUUCUUCCAUUGGGAGGAAUAGCGACGACGGUGAGAAAUCGUCGGAGGACGGUGAAGAUGACACCGGAGAGAAUGAAGUUGAGUCUCCGUAUAAAGGUCCUCUUGAAAUGAUGGAGUCUCUCGAACAAGUCUUACCUGUUAGGAAAGGGAUAUCGAAGUAUUACAAUGGAAAGUCAAAGUCUUUUACUAAUUUAGCGGCGGAGGCAGCGUCGGCGUUGACUUCUUCUUCGUCGAUGAAAGAUUUAGCGAAGCCGGAGAAUCCCUACAGUCGGAGGAGGAGGAAUCUUCUCUGCCAUCAGAUUUGGGAGAAUAACAAGACGACACCACGUGGCGGGAUCUCGAAGAAACACGUUAUGAGUUCAAGUAGAAGUGCUUUGACGCUUGCUAUGGCGGUUGCGGCUGGUGUGAUGACCGGAGAAGGAUCUUUAUCAGGAGGAGACUCGUCGCAGGGAUCAAGUCCGACGACAUCUGGAUCUCCGCCGAGGCAGAGACAUCAUCAACAUCAGAUGAAGAAGCUUCCUCCCUUGUAUCCUAGGAGUCAAGGGUCUUUUGGUAAUUUGACGUCGUCUCAGUCGUCGUUGGGUUUUUGUGCCUGGAGAUCGCAUUCUGUGGCGGAUUUUCCGAGGUGUUUUCCGGCGACGGCGAGUGGGAUUGGGUUUAAUGACUCGUAGGAAAUGAUGAUAACAAUUGUUUUGUUAAAUUUUUUAUAGUUUUGAAGUAGUAACAACAUCCGGUGAAUGUGUAUAGAAGAGUUUCAAUACUUAUGAAUGGAUCAACAUCUUUUUUUUU